CAGUGGGAAGCAGGCGGUGUCACCGCAUAGUCCGCCUGGGAAGCUAGGGAUACUGGCUGCGGUGCUCCGCUCCGAGGAGCUUUGGCACACUGCAGGCAUGAGGGGAACCGGCAUCAGGGAUGGUGUCCCCAAGACACUCUUGGCCAGAGCGCUGUACAACAACCACCCUGACUGUUCGGACGAGCUGGCCUUCUCCCGAGGCGACAUCCUGACCAUCCUGGAGCAAAACGUGCCGGAGAGCGAGGGCUGGUGGACCUGCCUGCUUCAUGGCCGGCGAGGCCUGGCCCCGGCCAACCGCCUGCAGGUCCUCACGGAGGUCCCUGCGGACACAAGCGGUGCCCCUCUCAGCCGCUCCCCCAACAGCUCGGAGGGUGCCUACCAGGUGCCCACACCCGUAGGGUCCGUGUACGAGCCCAUGAAGAGCUGGGUGGAGCAGUCCCCGCCACCAGCGGCCCAAGUCUACGAACUCCCUGAUCCGCCCUCCCGAGCCCGAAUCGUCUGCGAGAAGACGCUGACCUUUCCAAAGCAGGCCCUCUUCGUGCUCCCUAGACCAGCGAGGGCCUCGCUGCCAACCCUGCCGUCCCAGGUGUACGAUGUGCCCGUCCACAGCCGGCCCUGCCCGGCCUUUCAGGAGCAGGAGAAGCACAAGUUAUAUGACGUGCCGACCAGCUCCCAACAGGCAGCCUUCCACUCCCUGGGCAAACAAGCAGGCGGGCAGAGUGGUUCCCUGACCCCAACGCUGGGCUUCAGAAGAGCUGGCUGCAAUACAUUACCAAGCCCACAGAAAUCGGAAUGGAUUUAUGACACCCCAGUGUCUCUGGGAAGGGCCAACCUUGGGAAUGCAUCUCUAAGUGGCUUCGCAGAGGAAUCGAAGCCAACCGCUGCCCCCAGCUUGAUACCUGCUGCCCACAGCUCUCUGAGCAGCAGAGACAGGGCCUGGGGUCCACAGCCAGGGAACGAUGUGUCCAUGCAGAAAGAGCCCAUCCUUCCAGAGGUCUCCUCUCAUGCCCUCCUAGCACCCAGGAACACAGUCCCUUUGGACACAGACGCCAGCUACGAGGUGCCUUUGAGCUUUCUGCUUCCCCGAGUGGAGCAGCAGAACACCACACCCAAUAUUUAUGACAUCCCUAAAGCAGUAUCAGGUCCUCCUGCAGCUGAGAAAGAGUUUCAAAAAACCAAGGAGGCUCCAGAGAGUUCUGCAGGCCACCAUUCCUGCCCGAUCUCACCACAGAUGACCUCCCUGUCCCUGGAGCUGGAUAGAUUGUCUGUUUCAAGCUCCGAGAGCAGAGCCAGUAUCAUUUCUUCAUGCUCCUCCACUUCCACGGACUCCUGCUCUGGAUCCUCCGCAGAGGAGUCAGCCAGGGAGAGUUGGCUGGAUGUGGACUUGGCCAAAGAGAUGGCAACGGCCCUGCAGCACAAGGUGGUCAGCUCUGCAGCAGGCCUGCUGCUCUUUGUCAGCAGGAACUGGCGGCUCAGGGACUCCCUGGAGGCCAACAUCCAUGCGAUCCACAGUGCAGCGGACCACAUAGAAGGAUCCUUGAGACAGUUCCUGGCUUUUGCCCAAGCAGUUUGUGGGAUGGCCUGCAACCUCGGUGACAGUCACCUGCAGGUUAGAAUUCGGGAUCAGCUACAGAUGAUCUCCAACUCCUACCAGAGCCUCCUGGAAGCAAAGGAAUCCCUGGACUCCUGUGACUGGUCCCUUAAUGUUCUUUCCACAGACAAAGUCCAAAACAGCAUAGAUGACCUUGAGAGGUUUGUCAUGGUGGCCCGGACAGUUCCGGAAGAUGUCAAGAGGUUUGUCUCCAUUGUCAUUGCUAAUGGGAGCCUCCUUUUUAAGCAGAACUGUGAAAAGGAAGGUGCUGUGCGGUUGCCGCCAAGUGCAGAAUUUAAAUGUGUAAAAUGUGUCCCGCUUCCCCAAAGAGAAGUGGAAUCCUACCUGAAGAGUGCUCCUUCUGAUAAGCCAAGGGGAGGCGACCACUCCCCUAAGCUAGCACUGAAAAGCAGCUCAACUGCCUGUGAACAGACGGCAAGCUCUCUGACCCAAGCGCGGGGCAAGCCGGGCCCUGAGAGGAAGCUCUGUCUCUCGGAGCAUGGCCGGUUGUACUUCGGGGCGCUCUUCAAGGCCAUCCGCGUGCUGCACAGCAGCCUUGGCGCCAGCCAGACCCCUGAGGUCCUCGUCACGCAGAGCAAGCUGGUCAUCACAGUGGGCCAGAAGCUGGUGGACACUCUGUGCAGGGAGACACAGGAGAGAGACACGCGCAACGAGAUCCUGCGCAACAGCAGCCGCUUGUGCGGGCUGCUCAAGGACCUGGCGCUGGCCACCAAGAACGCAGUGCUCAAGUACCCGAGCCCCACGGCCCUGGGGCUGCUCCAGGCCGAAGCCGAGAAGCUGGAGCAUCACACAAGGCAGUUCCGAGGGACGCUGGAAUGAGCCCUUUCUCCUUCCUGCGAGGUUAACGCUUGUAUGGGCCGCCUGUGCAACCCGGUCUCAGGGGACAAGCUAGUGGAGCAUAAGCAGAUGUGAGCGACAGCCACGCACCCAGAGCCUGUAGUAGCAAGGGGCUGAGCCACCCCGAGGGGGGAUUGGAGAGUCAGGUGUUAAGUGUGGACAUCACGAAACGGGGCAUGACAUGUAGGUGUACAGCGUCAGCGUUGGAAGCGACUUCGUGGGUAUCGUUUUCCGUGUGAGUCUAAUGUGUGCAUGGCUCACAUUCAUUGGAUCAGCACUUUUUGAGGGCCACUUAUGCUCAAGCUGUAAGAGCUGGAGUGGUAUCAGAGGCAUGCCGGCUCACAGCCUAGGUGGGGACAGAGAUGAUGAAGUGGUGAAGAAAGAGGUCUGCAAUAUAUAGGGAGGAAAAGGUGCAAAUCAGAAGGGAACUUCUUAGUUUCAGAAGAUUGACAGUACUUCCAUGAGAAAAUGUCACACUUUUUUCCAUUUGGGACUGAAUCAGUUCCUUGAGAUCAAUACAAAUUAUACUUGUGUCUUCCAUGAAUAUAUAUGUGUAUACAUAUGUAUUUGCUGUGUUAUCGCAUCCAGG